GAUCGCUCAGGCCUGCGCCCCAAGACGAAGCCGUAAGAACUUACUUCGACUCGCUCCAAAUCCUGCAUUGAAAGCUCCUGUGCUUGCUUCCCUAGCUAUGCGGCUUGUUCGCUAUGUAGGGAGCUGUCUCGCCCGCUAUCAUGCCAAUGCUUCAGCUUAUUGCCAUGUGAACACAUUGCAACUUCCACCCAGGGGGAUGGCUGUCCUCCGUCCUUCGAUGAAUGCUUCAUUUCCGCGAAGGAACUUAUCGCUUUCCCCGAGUGAUCCAAUCACAAUCUCCGAGGACCGCCAGACCAUCACAUUCCGUCUGGACAACGGCGAGACAAUCACGCAGAAGAUUUCGGCUACCCCAAAGGCAAACCGUGACAAGCUUGCGAACGCCCUUGCCUCGUUACUUUCGACACCAGAAACACCCAAUCUCUCCUUGAAGCAUUCAUCAAGCCUGUCAUUUGGCACGACCCAAUGGCAACUCGAUGCCCUCGGCGAUGCUAUACACCGACACACGGCUCAUUCUUCAGCCAGCGAGUGUGAAGAGGUGGAAAAGUUGAUCAUGGUCGAGGCCGAGAAAAUGAAUCAUCAUCCACACAUUACCCGUGGGAAAUCUGGCGGAGAAGAAGACAGAUACAUGACUAUCACAUGUACAACCCACAGUCCUCGCGGCCUGAGCGUUCGAGACACCCGGCUGGCACACAAGAUCAACGCCGUUCUGGAUGCGUUCGACGUCACGGAGCCUGUGAGCGCAGAUGUUGCGAAAGAUCUAUUUGAGGGCGAGAAACUGGUCGCCGCACACCGCGAGCGGAUGAUUGCCCUCAACCGGCAGAAAAUCUUAGAAGCCCUAGAAAGCUGCUCCUGCGAUGCAGCGAAACCAAUUUCUACAACUUCCGCGCAAGAGUCUUCUACCCCCUAGACCGAGAAUGGUGGCGAACUUCUGCUUCGCUGUGACAAACUCAGUAAACAUUCGAAGGGCUGAAGGAGACUGCAGGAGACAAAAGACAAUCUCGGUCAAGAUCAUCAAGAAAGAGCAGAAAAACGAGCAUGAUGUCGCAUUAGAGGCGAAACGAUAAUCGUUUGAUUCUUGAGAGGAGCUGGCCAUUCGGCACUAUCCAUGAAUAAGGAACCCAUCCAGUUGCCCUGCCCGUUCUAUGCAAUCCAACGCCACUUUAUGCAUCUCUCUAUUCCGUCGCUCUUCGCUCUUCAAGAUGGAAUCGACCGCAUUAUGUACACCGAAGCCGGGUCGAAGCUUCUUCUAACGGUUUCCGGUCCUCAAGGCCGAUAUCACAUUCCUAUUCGUCCUUGCCUUCGACAGCCUUCUUGUCCUUCUUCUUCGCCCCUUCGGAAGAACUCCCAAUAUCGGUACCCAAAGCUGCGUCCCACCACCGGAAAGAACUGGCAUAAUUUCCCAAGAAUUUCUCAUGAUGCACGUCAUGAUGGUCCGCUCCUGCCCAGAAAGGCAAGAAGUGAUGUAGCGACCAGGGAAACUCAUAGCCAGAGUGCGCGUCAAUAGCUUGGAAAAGUCGGCCCACGAUCCACAGAUACAUUGUGACGAUAUGGAGGUUCUUGGUUAGCGCGCAAAAAACAAUGGGGAUCCCAACAGUGCCGAAUGCGAGGAUCAUGGUUUCCAGCGGCGAGGCGUACUCGGCGGCAAGGCCAAACGGUGCGCUGUACUGGUGAUGCAGCUUGUGGAUCAUCUUGUAAAGUCGAGGCAGGUGGAGGACUCGGUGGAACCAAUAGUGCCAUGCAUCUUCAAGGACAAAGAACAACGCGAUCUGCCAGGCCAUUGUGUACCAGGGAGGAAAAGGAACGGAUGUGGACAAGCCGAAGUAUUGAGCCAUUGGAUGGAAGAGCCAGAUUUGAGGGAGUUCGACGGUAAAGUGGGAGAGGAGGACCAAUUUGGCGCAUGCCCAUUGUUCGGCAAGCGUGGGCAUUUUGUUCUAUACCACUCUCGUGUCAGCAAGCCGAAGAGGUUGACACCAAUCCAUGAGGCAUAUGACCACUUACCGCCUGGAUCUUGUAUCUCCUGAAAUAGGGAAUCUUGUCCAUAAUCAUGAAUGGCACACACCUCCCAAAGUACACCAGUUCGUGCAUGGCGAAGCUCAUGAUACCCGUCGCC